AGUAAAAUGUUAUAUUUGAAAGAAGGGAGACAAGCAUGAUAAUGAUGGUGACAGACGGUUUACUGUAACAUGUCCUCAGAACAUAACCUAAUUUGUAUUUGGUUAUUGUUUGUAAAAGGGUGUUUUAUUUUAUAAUUUGUUGAAAUAGAAGAUUUUAAUUAAGCGCAGUAAUGGCAGAAACAUCUUAUUCCAAAUCAGCAAGUGAUUCACAAUUUUUUCGCAGCGAACCAGUGAAUUAUACUGCCGAAAUUAGGCAGAUGAUGCAUGGAUUUGGCGACAGCAGUGAACCAUUAAUUGAAUCUGCAAAGAUCAUUGAAGAAGUUGUUCUGCAACAAAUGAGAACAGUUAUAAGAAAGGCUUGUGAAGUGUCUGAAAGACGAGGGAAUUCGAAAAAAGGCAUCUGUAUUUCCACAGAAGACCUGAUCUUUUUAUUACGUAAAGACAAAAUGAAAUUACAGCGUCUCAUAAAAUAUUUAGAAUUGAAGGAAUUUAAAUCUUCAGUGCAUAAAGCAAUAGAGAGUGAUUUGCCUGAGAAUUUUAUACAAAAUGAUAAUUUAGAAGGACAUAAAAGUAAAGGACCUCUUUAUAGUUUUCUGGGUCAAAUUGAUAACACUGGUGAACUUCUGGAAAAUGCAUCCACAAUUGAUGAAAUUAAGCAACAAAGAUGUAUUCGUGCUGAAAUUGUAACACGUUCAAUGGAUGAAGCUAGAUAUUUAAAAUUUAGUAAAGCACGCAAUGCAUCAUUUGCAAAUAAAAAUAGACACAAGUUCAGUGAUUGGUUAUCAACUGAUAGUGAUAUAACAAUAUCCAAACAAGGAUACACAAUUUUGGGAUAUUUAGCAUAUGAGACAGUAGCACAGAUUGUAGAUUUGGCAUUAUUAGUAAGACAAGAUCAAAAUAAAAUAUAUGGAGAUUCUAUAGAUCGGCUUAGACUCAGUUAUGUUAAUCCAUAUACUUAUAAACCAUAUUACCAUGGCAAGGUUGCGGUAACGAAACCAAUAACUCCCGCCGAAAUAAUUGAAGCUCUCAGAAGGUUUUGGUCUCCACAAUUAGAUAUAACAGGCCCAUUUAAUCGUUGGUCAAUGAGGAAACCACACUUGAAACUCUUAUCUUGUUAAAGUAGACAGAUUCCAAAAGGAAGGUGCUCCAAAGGUGGUUUCAUACCAGACACGAGGGAAUUCACCGCCAGGUGCGAUAUCUGUGGCGACUACGGUGCAGCCAGCAGU